AUGGCGCUUAUCGUCUCCCAGGUGCCAGCCAAAAGGGAGUGCUGGCAGCACCGCUCCAAGCCCAAGCUGCCGCGUUUCCAAAUUGCGCAAGGCGGAUGGCGCCGGGCGGCAUCUGCCGCGCUUCCCCCCAACACAAACGACGAUCCUGCGACAACAGAACAAAAAGAUGCAUCCCCUGAGCCGCUUGAUGCGGUGGAGCUCAUUAGAUGGGGCGGUACACUUCCCAGCAGGAGACGGGCCAUACAAGGCAGCCUCCUUGCUGUUGCUAUUGCGCUGGGAGGCAACCUGGGGGGCAUCAGCAGCUUGCUUCUGAGCCUUGAUGGUGGAGCGCUUGCCGGUGCCCUGAAAUUGGACGUCGUGGUGCCUAUCAGGGGACUCAUGAGAUGUGUGGAUCAGAAAAAUGGUUUUGAAUUUCAAUACCCUGCAAGUUGGCUGGCGGAUCAAAGACUCGCUCGGAGAGAUGCAGCGCGCAUCGAAGCUGAGAAUCCAUUAGAUUUGCCUUCGUUGCAAGCAAGAACUAGGACGCCAUCCACAGAGCCAGUUCUUGCUUUUGGUCCACCAGGCACAACUGGCGAAGAGAAUGUAAGUGCCGUAGUAGCCCCAACAGGCGCCACCCGAUUCGACCUUGCGGAUUUCGGGACACCCUCACAAGCUGGUAAGAGCUUGUUGGACAGUGUGAUUGCCCCCGAAGGGUCUGGAAAGCUUGCAACGCUGAUCGCCGCAGAUUCCAGGAUUGAUGAUGACCAGAAUUUGUACUACAGUUUGGAGUACACAGUGAAGACAUCAUCUUGGUUGCGGCACAACUUGUCUGUGUAUGCUGUGCGAAACGGCGUGCUCUACACCCUGAAUGCACAAUGCCCAGAGGAGCUGUGGCAGCGAGACGAAGCCAUCCUCAGGAGGACUGCCGCCUCGUUCAAAUUGUCAUGA